AGCAGAUCGUCGUGGCAGCAGGAAAGGAUUAAAAGGAUAUCUUAGUUGAGAAACAUUCAUAAUUGAAAUGAUGCAAGGGGCACUGCAACGCUGCUCUUGCGUCUUGGCAGUUCUGGUGCUGCUCUGGAGCGGGAGUAUGGCUCAGUUGCAGGUGCAGGCUCAAAGUGGCUACAACUAUGGCCGUCCCGAGGUGGCUAGUGUGGGUGGAGCCACCGCCGGGGGUCGCUUAACCCCCGGUCCAUAUCCCACGGCGGCUGCCCUUCCACUGACCCCUGCUCCAGCCACCACUGCAUAUGGAGGAGCGGGCCUAUUUCCCUCACCCGCCGUUGGCUUUACGCCCAGCGGGCAGGCCACCACGGCCUUUGGAGCACCGGCCGCAGUGGGACCUAGUAACAGCAUCAAUCAGUCAAGGAGACCUUCACCGGGAGGAAUACCAUCACCAUCAUCGCGCAGUGGACCCUACGGCCCACAGACGCCGCAGUAUGGCAACGCACCUGGCGGCUCUGCCAUUCGAGUUCCCAGUGGCACGUCUGGGGCUGAUGCUGGAGACUACAACGAUGCCGAUGGCGACUACUCUGCCAUUCCGGGUGUACCGGGAGUGGACUAUCCCAUUUACGCCCAGGUGCCGCGCACGAAUUUCGACUGCUCGCAGCAGGCCUUGCCCGGAUAUUACGCUGACAUCGAAGCCCAGUGCCAGGUCUUCCACAUCUGUGCCCUCAACAGAACGUACUCCUUCCUGUGUCCCAACGGCACCGUGUUCAGUCAGGAGACGUUGGUCUGCGUCUGGUGGAACCAAUACGACUGUAUCUCAGCGCCCAGCUUAUAUGCCAACAACGCCUACAUCUACGAUUACUCCGAACGAAGUAGCUCCAACUUGGCCACACAGCCCAAUGCCAACGCUUAUCGACCGGGUGCCCCCACCACGACUGCCUUCGGAGCACCGGUUGCCACCACUGGAACCCUACGUGCCACCGGAGUUCCGCCCCAGGUGACUGGCUACAACACUGGACGGGGAUCGUAUCCCUCGGCCACGCCCACACCCGCCGUCCAGGCUCAGAGCCCCUACGGCUCCGGUGCUGUCCUCCGACCCGCCAUUGUUCCGGGCGGUGGAACCAAUCGAUUGGCGCCAACUGCAGCAGCUGCCGGUCUUCUGGCCACCGCCGCUGGAGCACUACCCGACAACUCAUUGGCUACCUUUGGCCAACAGCCACAGGCCCAGGUGGUGGCCAGCGGAAACCGAGAGUAUCUGCCGCCGGCCAGUGCUGGACAGCAACGGCAGCGAGGUGGUGGCUCUACAGCAUAGUUGGCGCAACACCUCCGACCCCUGGCACCUGUACCCGGAUUAAUGGCAUUAGAUUUAGUGACCACCCUAGGCUUAAAAUCAUUUUUAAUUGUUAGGAGCUCCGAGCAUAGAUCCGUAUGAUUAGUUUUAGAAUCCAAACAUUGAAAUAUACUACAAAGAACCUCUUUGACACGAAAUGAAAUGAGAAGUUUUCUUAAAGAGCAAAGAUUAUUACAGUGAGGAAAUGUUAUAUUUUUCAAUUAAUAGAACAUAAUGGGAAGCAGCCCAUCUGAUGACCAUGGAUCAUGCGAACUUCAGCGAUAAUUUCUUUCUUCUUCUCGCAGCAUAUAUUAUUUGUAAAAUCAUAACG